AUGGUCGGGCCGACGAUUCAGGAUUCAUUAUUUAAUAUUCUAUUGAGGUUUCGCACUUACAAAUACGUUUUGACUGGGGAUGUCGCUAAGAUGUAUCGGCAGGUCUUGGUUCAGGAGUGUGACCGCGAUUUACAAUUAAUUCUUUGGCGCUCCAAUGAGAACGGACCUUUAAAAACUUUAAAACUUAACACGGUCACUUACGGAUUUUCAAGUGCUAGUUUUUUGAGCACACGCUGUUUAUGGCAGUUGGGCGAAGAAUGUGCAGAUGAAAAAAUUAAGACCAUCAUCCAAAAUGAUUUUUUAGUGGAUGAUUUGCUAACAGGAUCGGACACAGAGGAGGAAUUAUGUUCUAUUAAAGAGUCGGUUGAGCGUGCGCUGGCAGCUGGUUGUUUCCCUCUGCGCAAAUAUCGCUCAAAUUUAUCCUCAAUUUUGCACGACUCAGAAAACUCAGAAAAUAAAGGUAGCUUGAUCAUUAGCUCGUCGUCGCAUACGUUAGGAGUGGGCUGGGACUCUGAGACAGAUAUCAUUCAUUUCCCUACUCAAUAUUCGGCCAAGGACGGCCAUCCUACGAAACGAUCAAUUUUAUCGGACUCGUGUAAAAUAUUUGAUCCAUUAGGCCUCCUUUGUUUGCUGACAAUUAUACCUAAAUUUUUAAUUCAAAAAUUAUGGAUUGAAAAAAUCGACUGGGAUGCUCCCGUGCCGAGCUACAUAAACGAGUCUUGGCAGGAUUUUGUAAACGGACUAGCGUCUUUAACUUCGAUCCAAAUACCUCGUCAUGUUCUAUGCGACUCGCCGACGUAUAUCGAGAUGCAUGUAUUUUGUGAUGCGAGCUCAGUUGCAUAUGCGGCCUGUAUUUAUUUAAAGUCAACAAAUGAGAAGGGCGUUGUUAUGGUCAGGCUGCUGUGCGCCAAGGCCAAGGUCACGCCGGUCCAGGCUACGACUAUUCCUCGUUUGGAAUUAUGUGCUUGCCUUCUAGGCGCUCAGCUCGCGUCAGCUGUCUCUAAGACGUUGCGCUGCCAGAUUGCGCAAAAAUUUUAUUGGACUGACUCGUCAAUUGUGAUCGCAUGGCUUAAAACAAAUCAAACUAAAUUAAAAACAUUUGUUGCCAAUCGCGUGGCUCAUAUUUUAGAACUCACCGAUGGUAGUGAGUUUCGUCACGUUCCUACCGCUGUAAAUCCGGCUGACUAUCCAUCUAGAGGGGUCGAAGCGCGUCGCUUACCUGAUUUGCAAAUGUGGUGGACCGGGCCGUCCUUUUUGUACGAGCCACAGAAUAACUGGCCUCAGUUUUCCUCAAACUCGGAAUUCGAUUUACCCGAGCUAAAGGUCAACGUCGCGAUCACUAAAGAUUCACAAAAAAAUGAUGUCGUUGAUUUCGAUCGAUAUUCGACACUUAAAACUUUGCAACGUGCGGUAGCUUAUAUGCUUAGGUUUGCGCAUAACUGCCGUCUCUCAACCAAUAAAACUACGGGUGUGCUACAACCUGAGGAGCUCGAGGCUUCUUUUAAAAAAUUGGUCGCUUUGUCGCAACAGGCUAGUUUCCCCCUCGAAUUGAAACUGUUGCGUGACAAACAAUCUCUAGGCCCUAAAUGCCCUAUUCUAUCGCUUAACCCAUUUUACGAUGAAGACGACAAACUUCUCAGAGUUGGUGGACGUCUGUCCUCUUCGUUUUAUCAAUUUGAUAAACGCCACCCAAUGCUUUUACAUGCCAAACAUAGAUUUACUAGAUUGCUGUUUCAACAGGAACACAUCCGUCUUCUGCACGCUCCUCCUCAGCUGCUUUUAGCCGCCAUUCGCGAGUCGGUAUGGGCCGUAUCGGGGCGCACACUUGCGCGCACCGUCUCGCAACAAUGCGUCACCUGUCGCCGCGUAGCUGGCAAUACUUCUGCUCCAUUGAUGGGCGCUCUACCCUCUCAGCGCGUAACGCCUGAUUUUCCGUUCAUUAGUGUCGGCGUAGACUUCGCUGGGCCUUUUAUGAUUACGGACAGGCAUGGCAGAGGUUGCAAAAUAACGAAGUGCUAUUUAGCGAUAUUUGUUUGUCUUCGAUACAAAUGUUUGCAUUUAGAGGCAGUAAGCACGCUAUCGACGGAUUCGUUUAUUCUUUCGCUGCGACGUUUUAUCUCUCGCAGAGGGCGACCUCGCGAGAUCUUCUGCGAUAAUGGACGUAAUUUUGUAGGAGCGGCCAAGGAAAUUAGCGAUUAUCUUAGUUCAAAUUCAGACACGGUUUGCAAUUUUGCAGCAAAUGAGGGAAUACAAUUUAAAUUCCAACCGGCAUAUGCUCCUCACUUUGGUGGUUUGUGGGAAGCAGGAGUCAAAUCUGCCAAAUUUCACCUCAAUCGCAUUCUAGGUAACGCUCAUUUAACCUAUGAAGAAUUGGCAACUUUAUUUAGUCAGGUUGAAUCAAUCCUGAACAGUCGUCCUUUAUGUCCUUUAUCGUCCUCACCAAACGAUUUCCAACCCUUAACCCCAGGUCACUUCAUCAUCGGCCGCGCGCUCACUUCGUUGCCGUCGCCCCACCUCGCGGAUAUAAACCCAAGCCGUUUAGACAGGUUUCAGAGGCUCGAGGCACUAAGACAGCACUUCUGGCGGCGCUGGCAAAUGGAAUACGUCUGCGAGCUCCAGCAACGGACGAAAUGGCGUGUUCCAGGACGAGCUCUUCAACUGGGUGACCUGGUCCUAAUCAAGGAAGAGAAUACUCCUCCACUGCACUGGCGGCUUGGACGAAUCUCCAAAUUGUUUCCUGGCGCCGACGGGAUUUCGCGAGUAGCCGAAAUUGCCACUGUAACAGGCACCUAUAAGCGAGGUGUGAAAUACCUCUGCCCUCUGCUGGACGAGACCCAUGAAGCCUUGAAGGCUAAAGCCUCCAAGGGCCCCCAGGAUGUUGCGGCUCCUACCAACGAAGGGGAAGCGGGGACUGCAUACCAAUAAACCAGUUGGCCCAUCUGCCGCGCCCCUCGCCGCCUCUAGACGCCUAGCGAGCUCACUUGGCUCUGAGAUACGCGCUCAUGUGCGCGUCACACGCAUUUCGAAACAUAUUUUUCUAUACAUACAAUUUAAGCAUAAGUACCUUUGUGGAACUCAUAUUAGAAGUUUUAAAA